GUACCGGAAGUGGACCCUGUCUGCUGUCGGAACGCUUGAUUCCGAACCGUUUCCUGCUUCUCUGUCGGUCCAUCUGAGCAGCUCCAGCAGAGGUUCGCGGAGCAGAGCCGGGCCCAUUCGGACCGGAGCCGAACCGAACCCGAACAUGGCGAAGAGCUACGACUACCUGUUCAAACUGCUGCUGAUUGGAGACAGCGGCGUGGGCAAAACCUGCCUGCUGUUCCGCUUCAGCGAGGACGCGUUCAACACCACCUUCAUCUCCACCAUCGGAAUCGAUUUUAAAAUUCGGACCGUGGAGCUGGACGGAAAGAAGAUCAAACUGCAGAUCUGGGACACGGCGGGUCAGGAGCGCUUCCGGACCAUCACCACAGCCUACUACCGAGGCGCCAUGGGCAUCAUGCUGGUGUACGACAUCACCAACGAGAAAUCCUUCGACAACAUCCGGAACUGGAUACGCAACAUCGAGGAGCACGCGUCGGCGGAUGUGGAGAAGAUGAUCCUGGGAAACAAGUGCGACAUGAACGACAAGAGGCAGGUCUCCAAAGAGAGAGGAGAGAAGCUCGCCAUCGACUACGGGAUCAAGUUCCUGGAAACCAGCGCCAAGUCCAGCAUCAAUGUGGAGGAGGGCUUCCUAACCCUUGCCAGAGACAUCAUGAGCCGCCUCAACAGGAAGAUGAACGACGGGGGUCCAGCAGGUGGAGGUGGCCAGGUGAAGAUCUCAGAUCCACUCUCUAAGAAGAGCGUGUUCAGGUGUUUGCUGCUGUAGGCGGAGCCUCCAGCCGCCGACCAAUGGAGGCGGGGCUUAUGUAGGGGCGGAGCUUACAUGUACAGACACACUUAAAGGGACAGUCUGUGUUUUUCCUGAUUGGUCAUCUGAGCGCGCUCAGUUUCAUCUGAAAUCGUUGCUUCCUGACUGCUUGGCAGUCCUUCAGCGCCUCGCUCUAAGAAGAGCAUGUUUACAUGGAAAAGUUAGUACACCUUUACUAGACGUUCACAUAUAGAUGUUUAAUUUUUCAUAUUUAUCUCCAGAAUUUAAAGUGAUUUUGUCCAAAUAAACACAGGAACUAAUCAGUAGAUCAACCAAAAUGUUCUCUAACUCAGGGAAAAGUUAGCACACCCUAACAUCUAGUCUGUCUGGAUGAAAUCCCUUCAGGAGAAGCUUCCUGUCUCCAUCUCAGGGACGCUGUCCCGGCAUCACUUGCUGUCGACCCACAGCAUCUGCAAGAGCUCAGUAUCUGGGCUUUGACUAGGCCGAGGAGUUUCGUCCAGCUCCUUGUGUUCCUGAAACCAGAUGUUUUUGCUCUGACUGUUCAAACUGAGCGCGUUCAAACACUGAUGGACAAAGUGUGAACUGUCCCUUUAAAGCCGUCUCCAGGAAGGUCAGCUAGGGGUCAGCAGGGCGGCCAUGUUUGAUUUAAAAAUGCCAGCUGUGAAAAUGAAGGUUUAAUUUCAACGCAGCUUCGGUUUGUUUUCAUGCUUUUAUUUUGAAGUUUUCUGCUCUAACAGUUGUCUCAGGACAGGAAGUCCUGCAGUUUUCAGUGAAACAGGAAAUGUUUCAGCUUCCUGUAGAGAAUCAGUUUUACAUGAGGAGGUUCUGACCCGUCAGCUGGUCUGAGGUCAGCAGAACCCAACCGGAACCGGCUAUGCAACUGAUCCGGAGAACCCGGCUGUCUCCAGAGUUCCUCUUGAGUUUAUUUUUCUACCUGACUUUCAGAAUAAAAGCCUCUAACUGUAUUGUAACAUGAAGGAUUUUAUAAAUAAACUUGUUUUAUAUUGGA